AUGGUGCCUCAUAAAUCGCUCCUGGCGGUCGUGGCGCUUCUCGGAGCCACUGUUAGCGCUUCGGGCGUAUCAGGAACUGCAUUCGGAUUUGCUACUGGGACCACCGGUGGUGGCAGUGCGUCGCCUGCUUCGCCCAGUGAUACCGCUCAGCUCACUGAGUGGUUGUCUGAUAGCACCCCCCGAGUCAUCUUGAUUGACAAAGAGUUCAACUACCUUGGUACCUCGGGCAAGUGCACCGACUGCAAGUGCUGCAUUCCCGAUUCCAACACCUGUGGCAGCUCUGGUCAAAAUGCUAUCGACUUGGAUUCGUCCAGCUGGUGCGGUAGCUACCCUACCACCACCUGCACCUACGACAAGGCAGCAAUUGAGGGUAUUGAGGUGGCCUCGAAUAAGUCAAUCGUCGGUGUUGGCAGCGCUGGUGUCAUUCGUGGCAAGGGUCUGCGUCUGGUCAACGGCGUGAGCAACGUCAUUAUCCAAAACAUCCAUAUCACUGAACUCAACCCGCAAUUCAUUUGGGGUGGCGAUGCUAUCACCCUGGACGGCACUAACAAUAUUUGGAUUGAUCAUGUCAAGAUCUCCCUGAUCGGUCGCCAGAUGUUUGUUGCUGGAUACGAAGCUAGUGGCGAUGUUACCAUCUCGAACUGCGAGUUUGAUGGCCAGACCAGUUGGUCUGCUUCCUGUGAUGGUCACCACUAUUGGACCGUAUAUCUUCACGACAGUCUCGGAUACGGUAAGAACGACAAGGUGACCUUCACCGGAAAUUACAUCCACCACACCUCAGGUCGCUCACCCAAGCUUGAGUUCAACAGCUACUGGCACGCCUACAACAACUAUUGGUUCAACAACACCGGCCACGCCUUUGAUGUCGGCUCCGGAACCAAAGCCUUGAUUGAAGGCAAUGUCUUCCACAAUGUCGAUACUCCUUUACUCACCGACAGCAGCCCCGGCAAGACCUUGGCCGUGGGAUCUAACGAUAAGUCUACCUGUGACUCCAAGCUUGGUCGUACCUGUGUGGCCAACACUCUCGUCUCAUCAGGUGCACUUUCUGCCAGUGAUGAGUCAGUUCUCUCCAGCUGGCCCAGCAGCGAGCUUGGCGUUAGUGUCACCUCCUCAGCAAGCCAGGUCCGGUCCUCGGUUCUGAGCAAUGCCGGCGUCGGUAAGCUGAGUAGCUCCUCCAAGCGACAGUUUGACGGUGCGCCCAAUCUCCCCAUCCUUUCUGCAGCGGGCCCCGGUGCUACUCCUGCAAGUGCGCCGCAGCGGUGGACCUGGAGGACUGUGGGCGUCAAGCCCGCUGCCCAGGCUAGUAGUGCCCCUUCUGCCAAAAGUGGUGAGGCGCCCAUGAGUGGGCUCUUCGGCAUCGGCUUCUAA